AUGGAUCCAACUAUCCGCGGGACCUAUUUCGGUGAGGCUAGCGGACAGUUAUCGGAUCUUUCCCAAGCUAUUGAGCAAGAUGUAACAGCCAAAGAUCAACUGCUCGAGGCUCUGACCUUUACAACGAAAUAUUGGGGCCACAAUCUAGUACCCAAAGAACUAGAUAGGACGGGAUGGAUUUCCAGUGUCAGCUGCGACCAUUCCCCAUUUGAGUACUCGGUCCAGUUAGAUCGAGAUACCGGGGAUGCGCAACUACGCUUUCUAAUCGAAGCCCAAUCAGAGGAGAAUAGCUUGGUACGGUUCCAGGAGAGUGCGCGUCGCCUGAAUUCAGACAUCGUAACUAAAUACAACGCAAGUGUCUCUCUAGAUCGUUAUAGCCUUAUCCAGGACCUUUUCUUGCCCGAUGAGCCAAAUGGAGUAUUUGCCGCCUGGCAUAGUUGUGCAUCGACAAAAAAGGGGCUAGAAUGGAAGAUUUAUCUUAAUCCUUCUGUAUCUGGUAAAGGCAAUGCUCUCUCUACGACAGGCGAAGCGUUCGAACGUCUCGGCCUGGGGAACGCGUGGGUCUUGGUAGAGAGCAUCAUGACUCCUGGUGACUCUAUUAUUUACUUCUCACUUGACCUCUCUUCAAACCAGGAGGAGGCCCGUGUCAAAGUGUACAUCUUACAUCAAGAUGCGACCGCAUCCACCAUCGCGAAUAAACAUACCUGUAUCUGUCCAGAUGCAACCUGGUUCGAGACCCAGAGGUUCUGCGAGUCGAUGGCUAAUGGGUUACAUGGUCGGUAUUCCUCGACCCCAGUGGUGUCCUGUUUCGCGUUUACCAGCAAGAAACCGAACGAGCCCGUGGGCACUGUUCAUUUUCCCAUUCACAGCUACGCGGAAAAUGACGCCGAUGCCCAGGCGCGGAUUGAACGCUACCUGGACGAGGUAUCUGCUUCUCCUAUUUGUAAAGAGAGAUAUAAGAAAGUCGUAAACGCGGUACGGCGACGGCCCCUAGACCAGGGACGUGGGAUACACGCCUGGGUGAGCCUGAAGCAAGACUCAGGAUAUAAGCGGUCGAUUACUUUCUACGUCUCUCCAGAAUUAUUCGGUCCUCUUCAAGGGACUUACUGA